AUGGACGGCGCCACUCUUGUAUCACUGUCCCUUGACGACAUCGAAGCCUACGAGUCCGCCAGCAAGCCUUCCAUCAAGCAGUCGCUCGCGCGAAAGCGGUCGAUCUCGUCGAUCUCGUCUUUCUCGUCAAGUGACAGUACAGACCCCCUCCUCCCCGAACCAGUCACCUCGUCGAUCGGCGCAGAGACGCUGAAUGCGCGGACGAAGGGCAUAGUGAGGCGCAUCGCCUCGUACAUCCGCCCCCAGCCAGUCGUCUCGUCGACCGACGGGAAGACGAUGUACGCGAAGACGAAGGCCACACUGAAGCGCCUCACUUCAUACAUCCGCCUCCCCGAUGAAGACGACGCAUACUUCCUGCUGUUCUGCGCAAUCUUCCCAUGCGGCAUCGGGAUCCUUUUGUCCAUGUUCAGCGCGUUCUUCGGCGCGGGCUUCCUGAGUGGCCAUGAGCCGUAUCGUUCCGCCGACGGGGGGUUAUGGGCUGCAGGCGCCGCCGGUGGCGCGGUCUUGGGGCUUGUUAGCGGGAUCCUGCUAUUCAUAGUCGGAGUUCGCAUGGAGAUCCCCAGGCGUUUCGAGUGGCUGGUCAUAGGGGCGCUGGCUGCCCUAGUCGGCAUCUUUGGGCAAGCACUCGGAGUGAUCAUGCUGCCCGCGGGAGAAUCUGGAGGGCUGGAUGUGAGACACGCGCUGAUAGCAAGUGUGACCGGCUUCCCUGUCGCGGGACCAUGGGUGCUGUCACUCUUCUACCAAAGGGAUGAUUGA